ACCCGAAAGUCCAGUUCUGCGGCGAGGGAGCGAGGCAGCGAGCGGCGCGAUGACACAGGAGUACGACAACAAACGACCAGUGUUGGUUCUUCAAAAUGAAGCUCUCUACCCACAACGGCGCUCCUAUACAAGUGAGGAUGAAGCCUGGAAGUCUUUCCUGGAAAACCCGCUUACUGCAGCAACCAAAGCGAUGAUGAGCAUCAAUGGGGAUGAAGACAGCGCAGCUGCGCUGGGCUUACUCUAUGACUAUUACAAAGUUCCAAGAGAGAGAAGAUCAUCAGCAGCGAAGCCGGAUAUUGAGCAUCCAGAGCCAGAUCACAGCAAACGAAACAGCAUCCCAAAUGUGACUGAGCAGCCCCUAAUUUCUGCUGGAGAAAACAGAGUGCAGGUACUGAAAAAUGUGCCUUUCAACAUCGUCCUCCCACAUGGCAACCAGCUGGGCAUUGAUAAGAGAGGCCACCUAACAGCGCCUGAUACGACGGUCACUGUCUCCAUAGCCACGAUGCCCACCCACUCCAUCAAGACGGAAACUGAGCCUCAUGGCUUCACUGUGGGGAUCCCCCCAGCUGUCUACCACCCGGAGCCCGCUGAGCGUGUGGUGGUCUUUGACCGAAGCCUGAAUACUGACCAGUUCAACUCUGCUGCCCAGCCCCCCAAUGCUCAGAGGCGUACUCCAGACUCCACCUUCUCAGAGACCUUCAAGGAAGGCGUGCAGGAGGUUUUCUUCCCCUCGGAUCUCAGCCUGCGGAUGCCUGGCAUGAAUUCAGAGGACUAUGUUUUUGACAGUGUUUCUGGGAACAACUUCGAAUAUACCCUGGAAGCUUCGAAAUCACUUCGACAGAAGCCAGGGGAUAGCACGAUGACGUAUCUGAACAAAGGCCAGUUUUAUCCUGUCACCUUAAAAGAAGUGAGCAGCAGCGAGGGGGUCCAUCACCCAGUCAGCAAAGUGCGGAGUGUGAUCAUGGUGGUUUUUGCUGAAGACAAGAGCAGAGAAGAUCAGUUAAGGCAUUGGAAGUACUGGCACUCCCGGCAGCACACAGCUAAACAAAGAUGCAUUGACAUAGCUGACUAUAAAGAAAGCUUCAAUACGAUCAGUAACAUUGAGGAGAUUGCUUAUAAUGCCAUUUCUUUCACUUGGGACAUUAAUGAUGAAGCAAAGGUUUUCAUCUCUGUGAACUGCUUAAGUACCGAUUUCUCUUCUCAGAAAGGUGUGAAGGGAUUGCCUCUUAAUAUACAGAUUGACACCUAUAGUUACAACAACCGUAGCAACAAGCCUGUGCAUCGGGCCUACUGCCAGAUAAAAGUCUUCUGUGACAAGGGAGCUGAACGGAAAAUCAGGGAUGAAGAAAGAAAACAGAGCAAAAGAAAAGUUUCUGACGUGAAAGUGCCACCACUUCUCUCUCACAAGCGAAUGGACAUCACAGUUUUCAAGCCAUUUAUUGAUCUUGACACUCAACCCGUCCUGUUCAUUCCUGACGUGCACUUCGCCAACCUCCAGCGGGGCACUCACGUCCUUCCUUUGGGUCCUGCCUCAGAAGAAUUGGAGGGUGAAGGGUCCAACUUGAAACGGGGCCCUUAUGGAUCUGAGGAUGACUUUGCCCUCCCACCCCCUGCAAAGUUGACCCGGAUAGAAGAGCCCAAAAGAGUGCUGCUCUAUGUUCGGAAGGAGUCAGAAGAAGUCUUUGAUGCCCUGAUGCUCAAGACUCCAUCUUUGAAAGGCCUGAUGGAAGCCAUAUCGGACAAAUAUGAUGUACCCUAUGACAAGAUUGGGAAGAUAUUCAAAAAAUGUAAAAAAGGGAUUCUGGUGAACAUGGAUGACAACAUCGUGAAGCACUACUCCAACGAGGACACCUUCCAGCUGCAGAUCGAAGAGGCGGGGGGCUCCUACAAACUUACCCUCACUGAGAUUUGAGGAGGCAGCACCAGUACCUCCCAGAGAGAGAAACGAAGGUGCUCUGUGGCCUCACUGUGGAGCUGCAGGAACACCGGGCAGCCGCCACCGAAUGCAAUGAUGUCUGUGGAAGGGACUCCUUUCGGUUGA